AUGGAUCAACCAUUUGGCUUAAUUCGACAGAUUCAGAGGAGUAAGAGAUUCAUGCUAAAAGUCCGAGCAAUUCGUAUCUUCGAAAAAUCAUUUGAUUCCAAUUACCGAAGACAAUUGGAGAUCGUAUUUCACGAUGAAGAGGGCACUCGCAUUAGUGGUAUUAUCCGUGGCGUUCAUUUAUCUAAGAUGGCUGGCUAUUUCCACGAAUGUGGCAUAUAUAAAAUCCGGAACUACUAUUUAGACAGCAACAUCGAUAAGUAUCGAUCUACUGCUGCAAAAUACAAACUCCUUAUUCAUACCGAUACAGAGGUUCUAGAAAUACACGCAUACUUUCCUUCGUGGCAUUUUCAAUUCCGUAGCUUUGCCGACUUUCAAGAUGUUGAGAAUGUUGAUGAAUCUUAUCUUUUUGAUGUCAUUGGUAUGGUGAUUGAAAUUCAUCCUGUUCAGUCUAAAUGGGUUCAUGGACAAAAAAGCCAAAUGAUUGUCUUUUCCCUCAUGGAUUUAAAUGGAAUUGUUAUUAAAUCCACACUCUGGGGUCAUUAUGUUGACCAACUCAUUGCUUUUGAAACUCACUUUGAGUCCGAGGCAACUGGCGAACCAUGGGUGCUAAUUAUGCAGCUUUGUCGGGCACGAUUUUGGGAAGCAAGCCCAUGGGCCAAGAAGAGUAAAUAUGUCACCAAUAGCAAAAUUGUCUUGAAGAGUGAAAUGGAAGAGCUAGAAAAUGGUGAUUUGGUAGUUAGUUCUAUAGAUUCUCUAUUUGACUCUGACGAGGAGGUCAAAUGUUGGGUAUGUGCUGCAAUUGAUUCAAUUGUGGACGAGUGGUGGUACCUCGCAUGUAAUCGUUGCAAAGGCAAGGACGUGUCGAAUUUAGUGGGUAAGACGAUCCUUUUCAAGGUUCGUGUUUAUCCAAAAAAUCCAUUAGGGUAUGCUGCUUCAUUUCCAGUCGGAUCUGACUUUCUUACCAUACUGCAAAGGGAAGACCACGACAAUGGACUGGAUGCAACUUUGGAUGAUGAGGUUUCUACACCAAUAAAGGUUUUUCAACCUAUCGAAAAGGGUGACACGUCCACAGCAAAACGGAAGCUUCUGAAUGAUUUAUCCUCAACACCCAAUGUAGAUCAAUCUGGUGGCUCAGCAAAUGCCGAUACAGAGAAGGGGAAGAUUGAGAAAUUGGACCCCAGUGGAGUACAAUUUGAGGAUGUCGCUGAAAAUUGA